GUAAACGGUCGUCGAAUAAUUCACUGCUACGAUCCGUCUCACUUGAUAAAAACAAUGAGAAACAACCUCGAGACUAAGGAUCUGGUUCAUUAUGUAGAACAGCGCUGGUGCAAGAACGAUACAGAAUCUGUCGGCUCUAAACAGAUUGCUUCGUGGGAUCAUAUUUAUAAAAUGUAUCGAAAGGAUUCGGAGACCCAAACCAGCAUGCGGAAACUAGUGAAAUUGACUGACGAGCACUUAGCACCAGUGAAAUUAAAAAUGAAAGUGUCGUUAGCAACGCAAAUUUUCAGCAACGCGUGCGGCUCCGUUAUGCUCGAUUUUAUUGAAGAAAAUAAGUUGCCACAGGAUUUUGCUGGUACAGCACAGCUGUUGUUUCUUAUGAAUGACAUAUUCGACAGCAUGAAUGGUUCCGAAAAGCAAGAAGGUGAUACGUUGAAAAGUGCUGUGAAAAUGAAUUCCAUACAUUUUUCAUUCUGGAAUCAUGCACUAACAGUCUUGCCAAAAAUGUAUUUUAUUGACAAGACGGAUGGAAAAGUCAAUAACAGAUCAUCGGUUUUGAAGAAACUCGAAUCCACUCUCAGAGGCUAUGUGGAAUUUUCAACAUCCUGCUUACAAUUGGAUGUUCCUCAAGUUUCAAUAAGAGAUACGAGCCAGGACGGACUUGAAAAUUUUUUCGGAUGUGUGAAGACAUGUAAUCAGGCGAACAAACCUACACCGCGAGAAUAUCGCACAAACUACGCAACCAUGGUUAUUAACAACAUCACCGGUACGAAUUCAUUACAUUCGAAUUGUGAGCAAGACCAAUCCGUUUCGAUACUGCAAAAUAUUCAUGACUUCGUUGUCAGCUGCAACAAAGAACCGUCAGCUGUUGCAAGCAAUGUCGACGAAAUUAUUGCGUUUGACCCAAUCGAGAAUUAUUCAUCUGAUCAUGAAUAUUGCGACAAUGACAUGGAGGAAAUGAUUGUUUUUGAGCCGCGACAUAACGAUAACAUAACUUUGGUUGAAAGCAAAGUUGCAUCACACAUGGCGAACUUUGACGAUCUGAUAGUGUUCGAUCCUCAGCCCGAAAAUGAGCUCGAAAGUUACUUCGAGAUCGGAUCCUUAUCUCGAAUUUCUGGUUCGAUUUACCGAAAACUGAUAAAGCCCAUUCACUGCCAGAAUUGUAAAAAUGUCUUGCCAAUGAUAGAGACCAGUUUCAUUGAGAAUUGCACCAAAGUGUUUCGUCGCUUAAACUGUGCAAUUCCGCAUAUCUGCUUCGAGACAUCACUAAAAAAGAAACUGAUCACAAACGUUGAGUCAAUCGCAACAGAUACUAUGGGUUGUCCAGACCACGAUUUGGAAAUGACGCUAAAAAUGAAGGAGUUAUGUGUGUACGAGGCUAUUACAUCGUUUUGCUAUGACAUUAACCGGUAUUUGUCAGGUAAGAUCAAUGUUUUGCCGAUGGGUCAUAAUCACAUCCAGGAACUCGCAAUAAUACACAAACGAAAGACAAAAAAAAUUGGGAAAUAUUCAGAUAUUUUUAACUCGUGA